CAUAUUUUAUUAAAUAAAAUUUAUUUAAAAUGCGACGAUACGCAACCAAGAGGAGCUCGGAGGAUGACUACUAUGAGUCUGAAAGCUAUACUUAUACUAGCUCUGCAGCAGCGGAGGAUUCUUGGGGCACGACAGAGGGCUAUAAGAGCUUGGGACCACAACAAUAUGCUGCUGGAGAAAAUCCUCUGAGUAACAAACGCAUAUUUCUAGUGCUCUGGCGAGUUAAAUCCAGUAGAAAACACAAAAAUUGGACAGGAAACGGAACGCUGGAACUGACCUCCACUGAAGCUACGCUAAAAGAUGAGACAGGCAAAGAUCUGGGCGUUUUAACCCAUUUCGAAGGGGAUGAAUUUUACCAAAAUGCGCUGCUGGAUAUUGGCAUUAGAGAUGUUGAAAUACAGAAUGAACUAACGACUAUUGAAGAAUGCAUUGCGCAGCGUAAAGCAGAAUAUGAUUUUUGGUAUCGGCAACAUACAAAUGUGAUUGAAGUGGCGCCGGCAAUGGUUAGUAAACCGUAUAUUCCCGCAGCUUUGCGCAGAAGAAAGAAGCUAAAGAAGCCUCUGGCUGACGUGGAUACAAAUACUUCAGCAGUUUAUACCCAUCCAAUUCAGCAGUUUGUAGUAAGUGAACACGAUACUGCCACUUCCCAGCCAAUUCAGCAGUUUAUAGCAAAUGAACACGAUAGCGCCACUUCCCAGCCAAUUCAACAGUUUGAAGCAAGCGAAUACAUUUGCCUGCUUAAGCCAGCACAGUUGCAAAUGGAGACGCUGCAAUUGCUCUCAGACUAUUAUCAGGAUUUAGAAACGCCCACCAUUCAACAAAAAGCGCAAGUGCAGGAAAUUGCUCAACAUAUUUGCGAUCAUCCCGUGCUACUAAAGCAACUGCUAAACCGAUCCAUAACAUCUGAGGUGCUGCUACCCCAACUACCUGACUGGCAAGACAUGGGUGUUUAUGAUUCAGCCAAAUUUCAGUUUGUACAUCUUAUGCUGGACACUUUGGUUGCAGACCAGUGCGCCAAAUGUGCCAUAGUAGCCAACAACAUGGAGUGCUUGAAUAUUAUCAAAGGUUAUUGUCAAUGUUGGCAAAUACCACACGUGCAAAUGGACAAUUAUUCAUCAGAUGAAUUCAAUGAUGCAUCAUCUUCAAGGGUAGCUCUGUUUGUCACAAGCCAGCUGCCUGAUAUCCGCAUUACAAACUGUAGGACUUUGAUUAUAUAUAAUUACAACGCACGGCUGGAGUUAUUGUCAACAAACAGCGACACUCGUGUAUAUACGCUUAUUACGGCUGGCUGUCUGGAAGAGCGACAAUUUCAAGAGGAGCUUGGUCUUGUUGAAUUUACGGGAACUCUGAACCUCAACGCCGAAGCUACACACACGCUGAUUAACAAUGAAGAUAAUGCGGCCUUAUCAAGUUGGAGUCAAUACCAACCACCUUAUAGAGAAGAAUUUUUAGAGGAGGCUUCACUGAGUGAACAUUUGGAAAACUUAAGCUUUGUCUUUAGUAAAAAGCCAGUGAUGCCGUAAAAUGUGUA